UUGGUAAGUCCUGCUUUGUCCCACUGCAAACAGUGCUAAAAUGGAGAACUCAACAAGCAGUGGCAUAGUGGUAAAAUAUAUCACCACCAAUUAUAGCAUAAGAACAUACAACUAGAGUUGGGCCUUUCUCAUUUGGUACAGGACAGACUCCACUGACAGUGCCGUCAAUAAAUCCUUGAAUUGUUAGAAAUCCACUGAGUUGCUUUCAGUUUUCACUUGAUAAGGAAUUUGAACGUUUCAGUUCUUUUAACAUUUCACUGAAUGUCUGUGGGAUUUUCCAAAAUAGUCCAUAUAAACCCAAUAAAUCAUUUUACUAUGUGCAGCCAGAAAUAGACCACGAGGUUGCCAUUUAGAUAUCGCGAUAGUUCCUUUACCACAGGACUUCCAACAUGGCAGGCAGUAAGUUGGUACUAGAAGGAAGAGUAAGUGUAAAAGGCUUUAUUUUAGGGCUCAGCGUGGUUGUAAUCCCAUUGAUCAGAACCUGGUUUGGACAUCUUGACUGGGUCUUUGAUUAUCUGACGGAAACUCCUGGGAAAAUAGCGAUUUGCAUCCACAUUGCAGUUAUCAACGGCCUCUUGCUAAUCAUAUACAGGGGACCUCUAUACAAGGUCGCUGUGAGAGCCUGCUUUUUGGGAGUUACUUUUGGCUGUGGCUUAAUUAUAAGCUUCUCUGAAAACACUUGGACACAUUUUGGCUGCCUUUCACUGGACUCCUUCCUGCUCAACCAUAGCAUGGAGUACACCCUGGCUGCUGUCUCAUCAUGGGUGGAGUUCACUGUGGAGAAGCUGACAGUUCCAGAGCUGAAGCAGCAGAGCUUGUUGAGCUUUGUCGGUCUGCUCAUGGUGCUGUGUGGUGAGGGCCUGCGUAAGGCGGCCAUGUUAACUGCUGGCUCCAACUUCAACCAUAUCGUCCAGAAUGAGAAGGCCCAAAGCCACGUGCUGGUCACUGGUGGGGUCUACUCCUACUUCAGACACCCCUCUUACGUGGGCUGGUUCUACUGGAGCAUAGGAACACAGGUAAUGCUGUGUAACCCGGUGUGUAUAUUGGGCUACUCAAUAGCAAGCUGGCGAUUCUUCCGGGAGCGGAUCGAGGAGGAGGAGCUCUCUCUCAUUCAUUUCUUUGCUGAGGACUAUGUGGAGUACAAGAAGAAGGUUCCCACCGGGCUGCCUUUCAUCUCAGGCAUCCGAGUCAACUAGUCACAGGAGCUGGACGCUGGACGUAACAGACUUACAGCACUAAAGCAGGUCAGACCUGGUGGGUUAGUGGCCUCUGCCAUGACGGCUACCCUCCAGGGGCGAAACCCUUCAGCUGGGUGAGAGCCUGUACCUCACAGACAGAGACUGUGACAGCUGGGAUGGCGGCAGGCAGCUGGGCUGCUGUUUUUCUACCAACCUCAAAAAUCCAGUUAAAGACCAGACAACCUCCACUGUACUACAUGUAUUCCAAUAACACCAAACUUGUUUGUUUCAAUUUAGUUUCUGUUUGCAUGCUUUUGCCAUGCCUAGUGUUUUCAGUGAUGAACUGUUGGGUUGAAGAAUGACACGUCCACUGGGCCCUCUGGAAUCAUACAUCAGCAGAGACUGAAAUGACCGUUGUCUUAAGUUUAAAUGGCAAUGUUUGGAGAUGUGUGAUGUUUCACAGGAAAACCACCAGGUUGAAUACUUCUUUUUUCUUUAAAUGAUAGGGUUAUCGAUAUUUUCAGCAAGUUAUCAUUAUCCCUAGUAUAGUCAUGGUUCAUUAGUUAAAUUUUGCAAAUUUUAAACCAAAAAAAUGCUCGAAAGAAUAGUCCACGGUCACCUACUUCACUGGUCUUCUCAAUAUCUAUAUAUCUAGUAUCCAAGAUUAUUCCCUGGACAAGAAGCAAAUCAGGUCAAAGGGUUGUUCAGGCAAAUCAGAUUUGGUAGGGUCCUGUUGUAUUGCUGCAGGUCUCAAAUCUGUGGGUAUCAAAACAUUACGAGGCUUGUCGUGGAUUUGAAGUUCUAACUUUAGCCACAAAUCACCAAGAAACAAGGGUUGCAAUCAGUUGUCCUGUUUAUUUAUCCAGAGAAUGAUGUGAAUGGUAAUUGCUAUAUUUCUAAACAAAGAAAGAAAAACAUUAAAAUAUCUUCCCCAAACCAAUCCUAAAUCUGGCUUUUAAAUCAUAUUUAAUACUGCACAUUAAAGUAUCAUAAAUAUUUCAUAUAUUAAUUAGCCAAACAUGUACUUCAUGAUAUUAUUUAACAAAUUGGAUCAAAGAUUAUCCAUUAUCCAGGCACCUUCAUAUCAGUUCUGAAACACACCAAAAUCCCAGUUAAUAGAAACUGCUACUUACAUAGAGGGUUAUUCAAAAAAUGCGUGACAAACACCUACAGUCCUGGUCAAAAUUAUUGGCACCCGUAAAUUUCGAGUACAUAACUCAGAAUAUCUUCAGAAAUUGAUGCAAAUGAACCAAUUUUGUGAAACCAAAAUAUUUUUAUUUUAUUUAUUGGCAGCCAUUGAUGAAUUUAAAUUAGUUCCUCAAACAAAAUAAUGAAAUACAAAUAAGUGUCACCUUUGCUUAAUUUUCAGUGUUCACAUGACCUAAAUUAACCCAUGAAUGAUGAUGUUACUUCAUAAAAAGGGGCUGGCUGUUUCCAGUGAUGUAGUUAAACACAUUGCUUGUUACAGUAGCCUAAUUAUCUGGCUUGAGAUGGGCAAAUGCCAAGCACACAGAAAAAUUACUGCUGUAGCCUCUUUUGUUUUUUUUGUUUUUUUGUCACUGUUUAAUAUAUACAUCACUAGUUAUUUUUUGUGUGUGAUAAAUCACCAUACUUGAACACCACUGUGUCGUGUCAUUUCGAUCAGCAUCAGUCUAUUACUGUGUUUCUCCUGAUGACUUGUCAAGCUCACUUUGUGUUAGAAACCAACCAAACGAAUGAGUCGUUUAUUGGUGAAAGGGUUGAGAAAGACCGAAUCUGCAGCACUCUCUCUUUUUGAUCUGUCUGAGGGGCCUCACAGUACUGCUAUCCAUCCCCGAAACCCGGAUCUCAUUGUGUUUGCACUUAAGUGCCGUGUUUGGAUGUGUAAACCUGGGUGUUGUAAUGAUUAAAAAUUUAUCAGGGUAACAUUUAAGAAAGAAUCUAUUUAUUCAGAAUGUUUAGGGAUACACCAUGUUUUUGGAAGAUUGUCCCACUGGUCAACUCAUGUACAAACAUGAAAAACAUCAACAUUGAAAUGAUUAUUUCCCAGGGUAGAAUAGAACUGUGGGGACAAAAUAAAAUAUAACCAUUGUUUUAAAAAAAAAAAAAAAAAGAGGGAGAAAGA